CGGGAGCAGUUUAAUGCAGAAGUGGAGAGUGCAAAUCCGCCGCAUUGCACUAAUGUGACCAAAGGUACGGACUACGUAUAUCAUUACCGUUUCGACUACCCCGUGGCGUAUAUUCAUCCAGGCGUCAAAGAAGUUUAUCAACCUCUAUACUGCACGAAUCCCCCAGCAGUGGCCGUGGCAUCCACUAUAGUAUGCGACUGGGCUGCUCCUCCGCAAGUACUGUUCACCCUGGGCGAUGAUUAUAUGCACGUGGUGCGCCAGGACCCGACGGGCAAGUUCGCGGGCAACGCCGUGAUCUGGACCUACCAGCUGUGCAGCCACAACCAUCUGCUGCCUGAACCCUAUACCUCUAAGAAGCUGAAUAUUACGAGGGCUUGACGGGCUCUAAUAAAUAAGGGGAGAAAAUAGUUUUAUAGGUAAUAAUUUAGACAGACGGACAGCGGAGUCUUUGUAAUAGGGUCCAGUUUUAUUACCCUUUGGGUACGAAACCCUAAAAACGAUAUCGUAGAAAAAAAUGAACAUCAAUUUUAGUGUUUUAUUUGGCAUAGGGUUGACCUGCUAAUUAUUUAUGCUAGAAAUUGGCUUCUCCAUAUGUUAGUAAGGCAGAAAGAAACAAGGCAACAGAAGUAUUAUUGUUAAGAGUGGUCAAUUACUAUGGAGGGCGCUUAUAAAUACCCUAGGUGCUUAUAAAUCUGCUUAGCUUAAGGUAGAGCAGUGAGUAAAGUUUGGUUUGGAAGAUCAGCGCUGGAAGUCGCCAGCAUGCAACAUGCUGAGAUGGGGCCAUUUCGUGACACUUUAUUUUUCAAUAUGUUUUUUUUCUAUGUAUGUCUAUUGUCUGUGUGUUUACGAAUAAAAAAACUAUUCUAUUCUAUAUUCUAUUCUUCAGAAAUAUCUGGAGUAAUAGUUACAAAAUGCACCGUCCCGUUAUAAUUUUUCAACGGCAUCGAGUAUCCGGUGACUUCGAACGAUAUCGUGUGUACUGGAUACCUGAUAAAGAAUGUUAACAUGUUGCUUCCUGAAUCGAAAAUAACGUUCGGCUUGGACGAAGCCUGUGUCAGAGUCGUCACGUUGAGGUACGUGUAAUGUUUAUCGAUGUCGUCUCUAUCU